CAACACGGGCACUCGAGACGUCAGUGGUUACGGUCUUUGGUCCAUGUUAGUCUGUCGAAAUACACUUAAAACAAAACCAACCACACUCUAAUAUAUUAUGAAGGUACACGUACCAUGAGAGGAGUGUUUUGGAGCUUUUUAUUAAACGGUUUAACUCUCUCACGGACCGUUUGAAGACUCAUUGCUAACCCUUGGGAUAACAGAGCAGGCUCUAUUCUUUAAACACAAUCAGAAAAUGUCACAAAUGGACCUCCUUGUCACAAAUGUAGCAGAGCUCCUUACUGCUGCAGUACAGGAAGUGUUGCAGCUCAUGGGUCAGGCUGUAUCAGAAUAUCAGAAGGAAGCUGCCAGAACACAGCUGGAGAAUCAAAAGCUUCAGAUGAAGCUAAAAGAACUUCAAGUGCAGACAGCACUGGUUUCAGAUGACACUCAUUCACGGGAGCAUCUUGACACAGAAGACCUCAUUUAUCAUGGAGAAUCGUCUGUGGUAGAGAAAGAGCAGUCUGACAGCUUGAGUGACAGGAUGUCAUUUAUAGAGGAGAAUUCAUCUCCUGUCCAUCUAAAGCUAGUUUUAGAAGACCUUCCUGUAGAGGACCACUGUCAUUCUUUGCACAGAACCUGUGCCAAUUCUUUAAAAAAGCAAAGACUUUCACAGUUACGGAGUAGUUCUCCGAGAUCCCCAAACCUUUCAUCACCUGGCAUCAAUGAAGUGACCUGCAACCCUGAGAAACCAUUACACAUAACUUCAAGCAACAUCAAAGUGGAAUCAAAACCAGAGCUUCUGGGUUGUUCAUAUACAGAAGAGACAACAGGCAAUGUGACAACAGAUGCUUCUGCUUUUAGCAUUCUUGAAACUUCUUUAUUUAAUGAAAGCAACCAGCUGCCUGUCUCUACCAGUGUGGUUUCCCAUAAUCAAACACAUAAAUUGAUAAAUUCAACCUCUGGCCUUUCUGAACACAUACUUCGGUCGCGAAUAGAGAAUACAGUGGAUGUACACAAUCCUCUUGCUGUCAGUGGCAGGAGGGAAAAUUCACACAGCUGCCACGUGUGCGGAAAGACGUUCGCAAAUUCCUCCAGUCUCGGAGCUCACUUUGUGUGCCAUUCGAACGAGAGACCUUUUGUUUGCAAGUGCUGUAACUUUAGGUUCAGUCGUUUAGCCGACCUGAAAAAGCAUGAGCGAAUUCAUACAGGUGAAAGACCAUACAAAUGUUCUCUCUGUGGACGGAAAUUCAACCGAACGGAGAAUCUCAAGAGACACUUAAGGAAGAUUCAUUAUGGUGCGGUGAUAUAACAGAAUUGUGAAUUAGAGGAUAAAAGACUUGCGAUUCACAUUUUUUAAAAUAAUUUUAAAGGGACACUCCACUAAUUUUUGGAAAUAGGCUCAUUUUCCGGCUCCCCUAGAGUGAAACAUUUGAUUAUUACCGUUUUGGAAUCCAUUCAGCCGAUCUUCGGGUCUGGCACUACCACUUUUAGCAUAGCUUAGCAUAAUCCAUUGAAACUGAUUAGACCAUUAGCAUUGCGCUAAAAAAUAAGCAAAGAGAUUCAAUAUUUUUUUUUUAUUUAAAACUUGACUCUUCUGUAGUUACAUUGUGUACUAAGACUGACAGAAAAUUAAAAGUUGCGAUUUUCUAGACAGAUAAGGCUUGGACCGAACUAUACUCUCAUUCUGGCGUCAUAAUCAAAGACUUUGCUGCUGUAACAUGGCUGCAGGAGGCGCAAUGAUAUUACGCAGCAGCUGAAAAUAGUCCCCUUUAGUAACUUUCAAUGGCAGGGGAAUAUUUUUGGGCAUUGUGUAAUAUCACUAUGCCUGCUGCAGCCAUGUUACAUCAGCAAAGUCCUUGAUUAUUACACUGGAAUGAGAGUAUCAUAAUAUCAAAAUUCUUCGGUUAUUUUUUAGCGUGAUGCUAAUGGUCUAAUCUGAUUCAAUGGAUUAUGCUAAGCUAUGCUAAAGUGGUAGCGCCAGACCCGGGGAUCAGGGCCACGUUCAAGCUCACACUGGUGCACAACAUUUUGCUAUGGUUUCCGGGUUGAACGACAUUUUUCUGGGAAACGGUGUGGAACAGGUUUUACAUGCGUUUUCUCGUUUGGUGGGUGUAUCAGAAAUGUCGGCCCAAUCAGCGGCAAGAUGUAAAUAAACCAUGCGGUACUAAAGAGACAGCUCGCUCAAUGGGUUUAAAUUGGAAUUUUGUCACAACAGGGUGUUCUUUAAUGCAUCACUGUUUGAUAAACGUUGUGCAACGUUUUGUCGGGGCUGAACGCAGCCCAGUUGAAUGGAUUCCAAAAGGGUAAAAAUCAAACAUUUCCUUCUAGGGGAGCUGGAAAAGGAGUAUAUUGUCAAAAAAGUGGAGUGUCCCUUUAAGUGUUGACCCUAUGAGUCAAAACAAGAGUACAAAAUGACUGGUUCACAAGCCUUUUAUUCAAAACUUUGAUAUAUUUUUUGCAAAUCCUUUACAGAUUUAAAUCUGAUAGAGACAUCCAAAUGAAAAGUCCAUAUUAAAGAUCUUCUCAUAA